CUGAAUAGUUGAUCAAAAAUGGGUGAAUGGGUGAAGUCAUCUUGUAAUUCUCCUGUGCCGCAUAACGCAUUCGUAGCUGGCCGUGAUGUUGAUGGGUCAAGAAUUUAUGUAGGACGUGCUGCUUUCCAGGGCGAUGUACUUCCAGCCAAGGUGAUUCCUAAUAACAGGGUUGCCUAUGUUUCCCAUAAUGGAAGCGAACAUAGGGUUCAAUACUAUGAUGUAUUGGUGGGCCAAGAAUACGAAUGGGUUGUAUGCGGUGAUGGACUUGUUCCAGCAAAUGCAAUUUCACCUGGUACAACUAGUACACUUGAACGUCUUUACGUGGGCCGUGUUCGCCACAAUAAUUCGUUGACUAUCGGAAAAGUGCAACCAUCCCGUGGCUGCAUACUUAUUCCAUAUUGUCACCGUGAGCAUUCCUUUAACUCGUAUGAGGUGCUAGUGAAAAAACAAAGACCUAAACUAUGGAAAUCUCAAUCGUACUAACAGUUUAUUAAUUGUUUUGUGAGGUAAAAAAUAAAAAAUAAAUACUUCACUUUAGCUGAGA